AUGCCAAAGGUGCGCCGCAGUCGUAAGUCCCCACCGGAAGGUUGGGAGCUCAUCGAGCCUACACUAGAAGAAUUAGAACAAAAAAUGCGCGAAGCUGAGACCGAGCCUCAUGAAGGUAAACGGAAGCAAGAGUCAUUAUGGCCCAUUUUUAAAAUUCAUCAUCAAAAAUCUCGAUACAUUUACGAUUUGUUCUACAGACGUAAAGCUAUUAGCAGGGAGUUAUAUCAGUACUGUUUAGACGAAAAAAUCGCUGAUGCCAAUCUCAUUGCCAAAUGGAAGAAAACGGGAUAUGAAAAUUUGUGUUGUUUACGCUGCAUACAGACAAGAGACACGAACUUUGCUACUAAUUGUAUAUGCAGAGUGCCUAAGAGUAAGUUAGAAGAAGGUAGAAUAGUAGAAUGCGUUCACUGUGGGUGCAGAGGUUGCUCUGGAUAA